AUGGUCGUACCCAGUGAUGUUUAUCCAUUAAUUCAUGCUUUGUUGACAAGCACUGGCCUGAAAAAGACCGCAUCUGCACUGGUUAAAGAAGCCAAGCUACAGCCCAAGGUUUUUCAAAAUGAGCAUGAUUUGCUGGACGUGUACCAGUUUUACCUGACGCACAAGAUUAAGAAAGCUAAGGUAUCAACUAAUUUGGAGCUUGACGUGGUUGAAAAGCCAUCGAAGAAGCGGAGUAAAAUUAGCAGCUCCAGCAGUAGUAGCAGCAGUUCGGAUUCGGAGAAGGAGAAGACAAAAAAGAAGGUGACGACAAAGAAGGUUACGUCUAGCAGUAGCAGUAGCAGUUCUGAUUUGGAGGAGGAGAAAGAGAAAGCACAGAAGGUCACAUCCGGUUGCAGUAAGAAAGACAAGAUACCUAAGAAGACCAAGAUGAAGACUUCAGUGAUUGAAAAAGCCAAGUUGUUGAGCUUGGACUUGAACGAUGCGUCGAAAGGAGAGAAAAGGACAAAGAAGAAGCGUAUAGAGAAACCUGCUGUCGUUAAAAAGCAGGAAUCCAGUAGCUUAGAGGACUCGUCCGAUUCGAGUGAUGCAUCGAGUGAGGAAGACACGAAGAAUAGCAAGAAGACUGUACGUGGCAGUAUGAAGAGGAUUGAAGCUGCGGCUGACCUCUCAACUUCAGACAGCUCGGACAAUUCGUCGGACUCUUCGGAUGAGGAGAAGCCAAAGUUUAACAAACGCAAGGCUAAGACUUAUGCUGCUGAAAAGAAUACUAAGAAAGCCAAGCCUGAAGUAGACUCUAGCUCUGACGACAGCUCGUCGUCAAACGAUGGAUCCUCCGACUCUUCAGACUCGGAUUCGGAUUCAGACACGUCAGAUCGUGAGAAGGCACAAAAGGAAGAGGCUUUGCGCCGUGAACAGGCCGCAAAGGCUGCACUGGAGUGGCAGCCGAAAGAGAUUGAAAAGGUGGUAACGAAGACCAAAUCGGCGGGUACACCAUUCCAGCGUGUCGACGGUGAGUUCUGGUCGAAGAAGAUUUUGGACGACACGCUGCGUGACAACAGCUACGAAGGCACUUUUGGUAUUGAUGGCGUCGGUGUCAAGGCCAACAACAAGCUCGUGAAGACGCGUGGAAAGGACUUCACAAAGGGUAAGAAUAAACUCAAGCGCUCGACAUACAUGUGUGGUGCCAUUAGUAUGGCUUCGAAUUCGUUCAAGUUUGAAGACUAG